GGCAUUUGCACAAGAUCCGACGACCAAGUUUGUAGCCAUGACGGCGGCGUAUAAUGCUCCGGUGCUUCUGAUAACGCUAAUCGCGGCGUCCAUUGCCAGUGGCGCUUUGGGCACCGGUGGGACCAGCCCUCCUGUUGAGCCAAGUCAUACCUCAGUUCCGUUCAACCGGAGUAGUUUUCCGGCAGGGUUUAUCUUCGGAGCUGGGUCCGCUGCUUAUCAGUUAGAAGGAGCAGCCAGUCUUGAUGGGAGAGGUCCAAGUAUUUGGGAUACUUUCACUAAGAACCACCCAGAAAAAAUAUGGGACCAUAGCAGUGGAGAAAGAGCUACGGAUUUCUACCAUCGUUACAAGGAGGAUAUAAAAUUAAUGAAACUAAUGGGGUUGGACUCUUUUAGAUUCUCCAUCUCUUGGUCUAGAAUUCUGCCAAAGGGGAAAAUUCGUGGAGGAAUUAACCCACUUGGCGUCAAAUUCUACAACAAUGUCAUCAACGAACUCCUUGCCAAUAAAAUAGUGCCAUAUGUCACUUUGUUUCAUUGGGAUCUCCCUCAAGCACUUGAAGAUGAGUACGGAGGAUUUCUAAGUAGCAAAGUUGUGAAUGAUUUUCGGGAAUAUGUGGAUUUGUGCUUCAAAUUAUUCGGUGAUCGGGUCAAGUAUUGGGUAACCCUCAACGAACCAUUUUCAUACAGCUUUAAUGGGUACAACGGCGGGACAUUCGCUCCCGGAAGAUGUUCCAACUACGUCGGAAAUUGCACUGCCGGCAACUCCGCGACCGAACCUUACAUUGUCGCUCACAAUCUCCUUCUCUCCCACUCCGCUGCUGUCAAACUGUACAAGCAAAAGUAUCAGAAGAAGCAGAAGGGUCAAAUUGGAAUCACAUUGGUGACUCAUUGGUUUAGGCCCAAACGAAAUACAGCAGCUUCUCAAAAGGCGGCGAAUCGAGCUCUUGAUUUCUUCUUCGGAUGGUUUAUGCAUCCAAUCACUUAUGGUGAUUACCCGAAAUCAAUGCGCGAGUACGUCGGAGAUAGGUUGCCGAAAUUCUCCGUUGCAGAGUCGAAAAACAUUAAAGGAUCGUUUGAUUUUCUUGGACUAAAUUACUAUACCGGGAAUUUUGCUGACGAUGUGCCUUUCUCAAAUUCGCCGAACAAAAGCUACAGUUCUGAUAUGCACGUCUCACUUUCUACGGAGAGAGAUGGCGUUCUAAUUGGACCAGCGACUGGUUUGAACUGGCUUUACAUCUACCCAGAGGGUAUUCGUCUAUUGUUGAAAUAUAUAAAAGCACAGUACAAAAGCCCAACUAUCUACAUUACUGAGAAUGGUAUGGCUUAUUCAGACAAUAGUACACAACCAAUUAAGGAAGCUUUGAAAGAUGGAACAAGGAUCAGAUACCACCAUGCUCAUCUUGCCUCUCUUCUUCAAGCUAUUAAUGAAGGAGUGGAUGUUAAGGGAUACUAUGCAUGGACACUUUUGGAUGACUUCGAAUGGGAUGCAGGCUACACGGUGCGGUUUGGCCUCGUCUACGUUGAUUUUAGGCACAAAUUAGGAAGGUACCUCAAGUAUUCUGCUUACUGGUUGAAGCGAUUCCUUCUCCGUUGAGCUCUGCAGUAGAAAUCUCUCCCACCUGCCGGAGCUUUCUAUGGAAGCAGUGUAACGAAUAAGGAAGGUGAAGAGGGUGAAGUAAGGGAUGUGUUUUGUUCGUGUGUUGGGAAUUUCUCGCACAAAAGCUGUUUUGCUUGGUGUGAGAAUUCCGAUGAAUUUUCAAUGUAGAAGUAUCUAUGAAUCAGGAUGAACCAGUUCAAUUUGUUUAUGAAUCAAGUGGAACCAGUUCAAAUUGAUCGAUCUGGUUAAGUUAUUAUGUAUCGUUUUUCUUAUUGAUUCCACUUAAAUAAUAAUAAAACUAUUGAUGGUUCACGUUAAUUUUGGCUUGUACAAAGAUUUGGAAAUGAUGUAUCAAUUCAGACCUUAACUA